CGCGUAUAAAUAGUUCCUCAAUGUGCCCAAAUAGUCACAGUAUAGAACUCUUCAACAAAGAAGAUGAACUUCUUACUAGCAGUAGUGACUACAGGGCUCGUGGUAGCAGUUUAUGGAAUAUCGGCCAGCCCGGUCCUGUCUCAGGACAGAAAAGUCCUCCUCUACAAGCACCACCAAGCCUGCCAGGCGAAGACUGGGGUCGACAAUCACCACUUCUCCCACAUCGAGGACGUCCUAAAAUCCGAAGAUGCCAAGCUCAAAGAGUACCUGCUGUGCUUCCUGCAAAAGUUGGGCUUCAUGAACGAACUGGGGGAGCUCCACCAGGAAAUGAUCAGGAAGAAGCUGAUGGACCUCCACGAGGAUCAUUCUAAUGUUGAGGUGGUAGUGAAGGAAUGCGUCGUUAGGAGAGAUCAGCCUAUGGAGUCUGCUUUCGGGUUUUACAAGUGCUACCAACGGCAUUACCCACAACAGGGAUUCCUGUCUCAGGUGAUCCACAUUUCUGAUGAAAUCCACAACAAACUGAGAGCGCACUACAGCCACUGCUCCACAGAAUCAGGAGUAGCCAGAGAAAUCCUGGAUAGGGCCUGCCAAGGAGAUUUCGCCGAAGAUGCGGCAUUGAGGAUAUUCUGGCACUGCUUCGCCAAGAGAGUCGGCUUCCAAAACGAAGAGGGCCAAAUUCUCGAAAAGGUCGUGAGAGAGAAACUCAGGGAGAUGGUACUCGACGAGGAUCAGAGCAAUAUUCUGAUAGAGAAAUGUUUGAGGGAGAGAGGUACACCUGAACAGACAGCUUUCGAAUUCAUGAGGUGUUUCGUCCGAAACACUCACUCCGAUGUUUGGAGGAAUCCCAUAAGCAAGGAGAGAGAACAACUUGCGCAAAUCCACUCCAAAUGCAGGAAGGAAUCUUCCAUCGAAGACACCCUCAUCGAGAAAUUCAAACGAGGAGAAUUCCAUGACCAUCCUCAAGGCAAAAAACAUCUUUUCUGCGUGUACAAGAACACGGGGCACAUCGAUGAACUCGGAGAAUUUAACCAUGAAAAAGUUAGGGAGAGGCUGGUUCAACAGUACUCCGACCCCAGCACGAUCGAGCGAUACAUAAAUAAGUGUUUGGUGAAGAAGGGUAGUCCUGAGGAGACCGCUUACUACGUGCAUACUUGUUUCUAUGAAAAUACACCCGAUAAAUUCAAUGUUUUCUCCGUACUGUGAGAUGUUGGAAAAUUUCGUUUAAUAUGUAGUAACAUUGUGUCCUACUGAUAUUUAUUUGAAUAAAUUAUUUUUAAUAAAUAAAUAAAUAAGUACAA